AUGAACAAUGCAGAAGAGGCUGAGGCCGAUCAUCAUGCUUUUGCUGCUGAAGAAGAGACGAAAAGUACCGCUUCCGAUUCAAAGGAAUCGAAUGACAGCAGUAGCGUCAGUAGUCAGGAGGGUGACGAUGAACCACAACCUGAACCCUACCGUAAAAAGCUUGAAGAAGGAGAACCUGGUACUUUAACUGGACGUCCUUUACGUCUUUAUGCCGAUGGUAUCUUUGAUCUCUUUCAUUUUGGACAUGCCAAAGCUCUGCAACAAUGCAAAGUUGCAUACCCAAAUUCGUACCUAAUUGUGGGCUGUUGCAGUGAUGAAAUUACACAUAAACUCAAAGGUCGUACCGUCAUGUCGGACACGGAACGUUACGAAUCGUUGCGUCAUUGUAAAUGGGUGGAUGAGGUGAUUGAAGACGCUCCUUGGGUCCUAUCAGAUGAGUUUCUAGAGCAACAUCAGAUUGAUUACGUGUGUCAUGAUGCAUUGCCAUACUCGGACACUUCAGGUGAAGCAUCAGAGGGUGAUGUGUAUGCUCGGAUCAAAGCUAUGGGCAAGUUUCUGGAGACACGACGUACGGACGGGAUCUCGACGUCGGAUCUGAUCAUCCGGAUCAUUGCAGAGUACGACACGUUCAUUCGUCGUAAUUUGCAACGCGGGUACUCCGGCAAGGACAUGAAUGUACCAUUCAUUAAAGAGAAGACAAUUAAAUUUGAUAUGGCAGUAGACAAGGUUCGCAACGAUGUCGAUGGGUUCGUGCACAAAUGGAUCAGCAAAGCCGACGACAUGCAGCAUGGAUUUCUGGAGCUUUUUAGCAAGGAAGGCCGUCUGCGCACAUCAUUCCGCAAACGUCGAAAGAUCAUCAAGGAGCGCUUGUCAGAGCGCAUGUCGGAGAUGGCACGUGAAGGACUGUGCUAA